AUGGCUACCCUUCAAGAUAUCAGUGUUUCAGCAGCAAUUAAUAUUCUAUCUGCAUUCGCAUUUCUUGUGGCCUUUGCGGUACUAAGGCUUCAACCAUUCAAUGAUAGAGUUUAUUUCCCAAAAUGGUAUCUUAAGGGGCUAAGAGGCAGCCCAAGACGUGCUGGAGCAUUUGUGAGCAAAUUUGUCAACUUGGACUUCAGAUCGUAUAUAAGGUUUUUAAAUUGGAUGCCUGCAGCAUUAAGAAUGCCAGAACCAGAGCUUAUUGAUCAUGCAGGGCUUGAUUCCGCUGUAUACAUUCGGAUUUACCUUCUUGGGUUGAAAAUAUUUGUACCGCUAACAAUCCCUGCUUUUGCGGUUUUGGUACCUGUCAAUAUGACGGGAAAUACAUUGGAGCAUAUUAAGGAUUUAACAUUUAGUGAUAUUGACAAGCUCUCCAUAUCCAAUGUUCCAUACGGAUCAGAUAGGUUUUACGCACAUCUAGCAAUGGCAUAUGUCUUCACAUUCUGGACGUGCUUUGUGCUGUACAAGGAAUACAAGAUCAUAGCUGCUAUGAGGUUGCAUUUUCUUGCAUCUGAAUCUCGACGUCCAGAUCAAUUCACAGUUCUAGUAAGAAAUGUUCCUCCAGAUCCUGAUGAAUCAGUCAGUGAACAUGUUGAACAUUUCUUUUGUGUAAAUCACCCUGAUCAUUAUCUUACACAUCAGGUUGUAUACAAUGCAAAUAACCUUGCGAAAUUGGUGGCAAAGAAGAAGGGUUUGCAAAAUUGGCAUACCUACUACCAAAAUAAAUAUGAGAGAAAUCCAGCAAAAAGACCAACUACAAAGACAGGUUUCUGGGGCCUUUGGGGAGCUGCUGUGGAUGCUAUUGAUUACUAUACUGCUGAAAUCGAGAAGAUGAGUGAAGAAGAAGCUGAAGAAAGAGAACGUGUAAUAAGUGAUCCCAAGUCUAUAAUUUCUGCAGCAUUUGUUUCAUUCAAAACCCGCUGGGGAGCAGCUAUCUGUGCUCAAACUCAGCAAUCCAGGAACCCUACAAUAUGGUUGACAGAAUGGGCUCCUGAACCACGUGAUGUUUACUGGGAUAAUCUUGCAAUACCAUAUGUUGAACUCACCGUCCGAAGAUUGCUCAUGGCCGUUGCUCUUUUUUUUCUGACAUUCUUCUUUAUGAUCCCUAUAGCAUUUGUUCAAUCUCUUGCCAACAUUGAGGGAAUUGAGAAGGUUUUUCCUUUCUUGAAGGAACUGAUAGAAAUAGAUGUUGUCAAGUCUUUCAUUCAAGGUUUUCUUCCAGGAAUCGCUUUAAAGAUAUUUCUUAUUGUUCUUCCAACAAUUCUCAUGGCUAUGUCCAAAAUUGAAGGCUUUGCAUCACUGUCAUCUUUAGAGAGGAGAUCAGCGGGGAAGUAUCAUUUGUUCAUACUUGUCAAUGUGUUUCUUGGAAGCAUUAUUACAGGAACAGCAUUUCAGCAACUCCACAACUUUGUAAACCAGUCCCCAACAGAGAUUCCCAAAACUGUUGGUGUGUCCAUCCCAAUGAAAGCCACUUUCUUUAUUACUUAUAUAAUGGUUGAUGGUUGGGCUGGCAUUGCUGCAGAGAUCUUCCGACUGGUUCCACUAGUUAUGUUCCACCUGAAGAACACAUUUCUGGUCAAGACAGAGCAAGAUAGGGUGCAGGCAAUGGAUCCUGGUUGCGUGGGCUUCGCUACAUCUGAACCUCGAAUACAGCUUUAUUUCUUGUUGGGACUUGUUUAUGCGGUUGUCACACCAAUACUCCUUCCUUUCAUCAUUGUUUUCUUUGCUUUUGCAUUUAUGGUGUUCCGUCACCAGAUUAUCAAUGUUUAUGAUCAAAAAUACGAGAGUGGGGCAGCAUUCUGGCCAGAUGUGCAUCGCCGUGUCAUAAUCAGUUUAGUAAUAUCACAAAUUUUACUGAUGGGAUUGCUUGAAACAAGAGAUGCUAAGAAGUCAACACCAUUGCUCCUUGUACUUCCUGUUUUGACUAUCUGGUUCCAUAGAUUCUGCAAGGGACGUUUUGAAUCAGCAUUUGUGAAAUUUCCUUUGCAGGAUGCAAUGGUAAAGGAUACAUUGGAACGAGCAACAGAGCCAAACCUAAACUUGAAAUGGUAUCUCCAGGAUGCUUACAUACAUCCAGUAUUCAAGUCCAGUGAGAUGGAGAGACCGGCAGCCAUUGAUGAGGAAGAAAACAAUCCACUGGUACCAACCAAGAGGAACGCAAAUAGUAGUAAAUAUAAUUCUGAUAUGAGUUCUGAUGCUGGUAUUUGA